CUGACCGGAAAAUUGAUGCAAUCAACGAAGCAGUCCUCCGCUUCGUCACCUUCGUCGAGUGUGCACAACUUCGCCGAAGGUCAGUCGAGCAAUCACCAACAGGAGGACCUCGACGCGAUCGCGAAACAGAUUUCCGAUCACGCCGAAGCUAUCUAUCAAACAUGGAAGGCCCGUGGCCUAGCGCCAACUGAAAUCCUUAACUGCCAACUGCCAACGGCGGACGGUGAGAAUGCUUUUAGCAAAACCUUGAGCCCUACGACAACUACCGCUACCUCUUCCGCUUCACCGGGGUCACCGUCCUUGCCGUCAUCGUCUACCGUAAACCAGAAAUCCGCUUCCGGUGUUGCUGAACUUUUAGCGCAAGCACCCGAACUAUCCAACAACAGCCUAGAGCAGUUGGUCAGUUCGUUUGUGAACGAAGACAAGGCUCGGAUUGCUGCGCAGAAACGAGGUGCUGGACGACCGGUUUCCGCUGGGUCCGCUAUCAAGAGUGUGCUUCAAAAGUUCGAACAAAACGGUGCACAGAACCUGAACACAUCCCCUAUCAACAAACCCAACUACAUUCGGCCAGUUAGUACUACACCGAGCAAGGUGAACAACAACAACAACAAUAAUAACCUCAGUACUCUGAACAACAAUAAUGUUCCAGACGUCCUGAAAGAUACAAUCGUUGAAAAACCCCGUGAAAAGCCACAGACUCCGGUUAAACCGGAUCACUUGCUGAACCAUGUUCCUAGUUGGCCGCUGAAAAAUCGUGUAGUGAAAACUAGCGGUCCAAGUAGUUCCGAUAAAGUUAAUCACCAUCACACGCCAAUUUCGACCAGUUCCGGUAGCAGCAGUAGUAGUAACAGUGGCCUUAGUAGCAUCGCCGGUGGAACCGGCUUUCUCUCCAAGAACACCGCCGAGCUUAUGGAUGAAGUUUCCCGAGAAGAAGAACGUUUGAUCAACGCACUGAAAACGGGAACUGUCCUUAACAGCAGCGAUAAUCUACUUCCGGAGGUAAUAACCUCGACCCUCCCUGAUCGGGACAUUCCCGACUACGGAUACAGUAGCAAUCGACCGCUCGACAUGGUCACUUCGUCGACUGUAGUAGCCAACGGUUCUACCAAUGGCACAACCAACGGUACCAACGGUACGAAUGGUACGAAUGGUAUCAGCGCUGGCGCUGGCACCGACACCAACAACUCCGGUGCCCCAAACGCCGCCGGCGUUAAACACUGGAACGGGGUUCCGAUGAAACCCAACCACAUACCGAUCCUCAACAUUCACCAAAUCCAUGAACAGCACAAGCUGUCGACAAACUUUACCCGCAAUGUCGCAACCACAAGACUGCCGAAAGAUUUUGGCCGCCCGGCGGCCUCGGAUGACAAGAAGGAGUUCCAGGCGAAGACCAUUCCGAGCCCGAUCCGGCCGUUCCUGUCGCGGGGCUCCGUGGCCGAGCGGGUGCUCAUCUUCGAGAAGUGCCCGGAGAAGGCACCGCCCCGGGAGCGUGCGAAGGAGCCAGUCAAGGUGCAGUCCAAACCUGUCAACAGACUGAUCCCGCCAAACAUUCAUACCACGCUUCAGCGGCAUCUGAAGAAUUCAACGAAGGCUCCCUACAUACCACAAUUCCACUUCCCGAAUGGCAAACCUCCACCGGCCAUCACGACGGAAACGACCAUGCAGCGAUUGGAGCAGGUCUUCGAGAAUCUGCCCAACUACGAGUGCCCCCGAGACAAGUUCCAUAUGAUUGUCACGAUGUGCCAAGUGCCGCUUUACUGGCGGGUUCCCCUAUUCAUGUGCACCCCGCUGACUGCCAGCGGUUGCGUGAAUGGCGACAAAUUCAUUAGCUUCUGGCGACAGAUGACCUCCUUCUGCCACGACCCGGCGUCCCGGUUCACAUUUAUCAUGUCCCGAGGGGAUCGCACCAGGCCAUACAUCCUGCCGGAAGACUUUGCCUCGCUAAUACAAGAUGUCGUGGACACACACCCGGGCCUGGCGUUCCUCAAGGAAGCGGCUGAAUUUCACUCGCGGUACGUCCACACGGUGAUAGCCCGGGUCUACUACAAUGUGAACCGUAGCUGGACGGGGAAGAUCACUGUACCAGAACUGCGGAAGAGCAACCUGCUCGAUGUGAUACAACUGCUGGAAGAGGAAGAAGAUAUCAACCAGAUCAUGGCGUACUUCAGCUAUGAGCACUUCUACGUCAUUUACUGUAAGUUUUGGGAGCUAGACCGGGAUCACGACCUGUACAUUGACCAACAGGAUCUGGCCCGGCACAACGAUCAUGCACUAUCGUCCCGCAUGAUCGAGCGUAUUUUCUCCGGCUGUGUGACGCGCGGUCCGCGGCGGGGCAAUGCCAACCCGAUCGUGGUGGGUCCCAACGGACCGAAAAUGUCCUACACGGACUUUGUUUGGUUCCUGCUCGCCGAAGAGGACAAGACACACCCGACGGCCAUCGAGUAUUGGUUCCGGUGCAUGGACGUUGACGGCGAUGGAAUGCUGUCGAUGUACGAGCUGGAGUACUUCUACGAGGAACAACAGCACCGCAUGGAAUCGCUCGGAAUCGAGACGCUACCCUUUGAAGACUGUUUGUGCCAGAUGCUGGAUAUGAUCAAACCGACCACGCCCGGCUGUGUCACGCUCGCCGAUCUGAAACGGUGCAAGAUGACGCCCAUCUUCUUCGAUACGUUCUUCAAUCUGGAGAAGUACAUGGAGCACGAACAGCGGGAUCCAUUUGCGCAGCGUGAUAAUGAUGAUGUAGGAACCGCAGUCGGCUUCAGCCGACCGUUAUAA